AUGAGGACAUGGCUAUUAUUCUGCUUUCUUGUGUUCAUAUCGCUAAGGGAGUGUUUCAGCAUGAAACAUGAAUACGACAUGGGUCAAAAUAAUGCGGGAAAAAGACGUAGGACAGCACUUGGCAUCAGUUUUCCUACGCAAACUAUAUCAAAGGCAGCUAAUGGGGCCAAACAUAAAGACAGAGAACACUCGAACAAGAGCAAAGGACUCUCCACUACUGAGAAUAUUGCAUCGCGCAGUCAGCAACGUGAUCUGAUCAUUGGAGCACCAGAUCUGAGUGAUGCAUGCUUUCGAAUCUAUAACGAAUGCAUUAUUAUCAGUGCGCAACCGUACGAGCGGAAAAUCAAUAUGCAAUUAGAACAAUGUAAGCAACGAUGUAUGCAAUCACAAAGUGGCAUUUACAGUUGUCGAUCAUUAGUGUAUGAUUUUGCUAAUAAGAUUUGCGAUUUCUUUUCUCAUCAAGGUGAUCAACCACCGGCAAAAUUGCUUAAAUACUACGAACAUUCUUAUUUGGAGCCCACUUUUGCUGAUGGCUGUGAUUUGGAAUAUGUAAAAAAAUCGAAGAAAGCAACAAUUCAUUCUAUAGACGGAAAAUUAGGCAAUACCAUACUACUAAAUAUUUCAACUAAAGAAGAUACAAAUCAAAAGACAUGUAAAGAAGGCACAAUUACUAAGUAUCUGCGGACUCCAGGAUUUAAGCUUGACAGUGUCAGUCAGAUAGAUCUGAAGGCUUAUAAUUUGGAUGCAUGUAUCGAUGCAUGUACCAACAACAUCGAUGAUAAAGGACGCAGUUUCGGAUGUCGUUCUUUUGUUUAUGACGAAAACGGUUGUAGCUUAUUUAGAGAAGUAGCGACGUCACGAGGUGUCAGACAGCUCAAACCAAAUUUAUAUGCUAACUAUUAUGAGAAGAUUUGUGUAGAGGAUGAUUUAAUAAGUAACGGAUGUCAAAGCGCAAAUCGUUUCCCACAAAUGAUACUGGUUGGAUUUGCGGAAAUAGUAGUUACAGCACGGUCAUUUAUGAGAUGCUUCGAGAAUUGCUUGAAAUCACGACAGUUGUUUGCAAUGAACUGUACCAGUGCCUUAUAUUUUUAUGAGGAAUUGGAGCAAAACUGUAUUUUAAACAGUGAGAACAGACAAACGCAAAAGAAUCUUUUUGUGGAAGAGAACACAGAUAUUGUGGAUUAUUUCGAGAUAAGUUGUCCACUAAGAAAACAAAAGAAAGUGGUCGAUGAUUUACUGUUCAAAAGUUGA